AUGCUGCUCAUGAGCCGACGCAAGACUAUAAACUUGUUGGAUUCUAAGAAAAAGCCAAAACCUUGCGAAAGUUGCAGACGAAGCAACAGUGCAAAGCCCAAAAAGAACUCGCUGGUCAUAGACAAAAAACCGGCUGUACCUCCUCACGGAACGAACAAUGUUCCAUCCGCUCCUCCUCAGACAUUGAAGAAUCCAACCGACGAAAGUGAAUUAAUGUUCCCAGAACCACCAAGUACUUUUGCUGGUGGAAGUGGUAAUAGUGGAGGUGGUGGUGGAGGAACUGGUGGUGACCUCGAUUUUGACGAACUGGCUAGACGAUUUGAUCAACUAAAGAAGAAAUAA